ACAAUGCUUAUCAAUUUCGUCUAAUAAUGGGUUAUUUUAUCACAAUUUCAUGUCGAAUAAUGAGAGUGAUGGCCAUCCUUUUGAUGGAAAAGGUGGGAAUGAGGAGGAAAAUGAAGGUGGUUUGAAAGCUGAAGAUUUUGAGAUUCGAAUGGAUCUAACUGAUGAUUUAUUGCAUAUGGUGUUCUCCUUCUUGGAUCAUCGUAAUCUUUGUAAUGCUGCCAUGAUUUGUAGGCAGUGGCGAUCAGCUAGUGCUCAUGAGAAUUUUUGGAGAUGUUUGAACUUUGAAAACCGGAAUAUAUCUCUUGAACAAUUUGAUGACAUUUGUCAGAGAUAUCCAAAUGCCACUGAAGUGAACCUGAGUGGCACUCCUAGCAUGCACCUUCUUGUUAUGAAAGCUGUCAAUUCAUUACGAAAUCUUGAGGCUUUAACAUUGGGAAAAGGGCUACUAGGGGAUGCCUUUUUCCAUGCAUUGACUGAGUGUAGUAUGUUAAGGAGUUUGGAUGUGAAUGAUGCUAUUCUCGGUGAUGGUGGUCAAGAGAUACCUAUUAACCAUGAUAGGUUAUGUGAUCUGAAAGUAACUAAAUGCCGUGUGAUGCGUAUAUCCAUCAGGUGCCCACUAUUAAAGAGUUUGUCCUUGAAACGUAGUAAUAUGGCACAGGCAGCCCUUAAUUGCCCCCUUUUACAGCUGCUUGAUAUAAGCGCAUGCCACAAACUUACAGAUGCAGCAAUUCGUUCCGCAGUGACUUCUUGCCCUCAAUUAGAGUCUUUAGACAUGUCAAAUUGUUCGUGUGUUAGUGAUGAAACAUUGCAAGAAAUAGCUCGCUCUUGUUCUGUUCUCCAUGUUCUGAAUUCGUCAUAUUGUCCUAACAUAUCUCUUGAGUCUGUAAGACUACCAAUGUUAACGGUUCUUAAGCUUGACAACUGUGAGGGUAUCACUUCGGCUUCAAUGGGUGCAAUAGCAUACAGUUAUAUGUUGGAGGAAUUGGAACUUGAUAAUUGCCACACGUUGACAUCAGUGUCACUGGAUCUUCCUCGUUUGCAGAAAAUUCGACUUGUUCAUUGUCGAAAAUUUUCUGACCUGAAUGUACAAUGUUCCAUGCUAUCAUCAAUAACGGUGUCCAAAUGUGUCGCACUCCAUCGCAUUAACAUCAGUUCAAAUGCACUUCAGAAAUUAGCAUUGCAGAAGCAGGAAAAUUUGACAAUGUUGGCAUUGCAGUGUCGGGAUUUGCAAGAAGUAGAUCUCACAGAUUGUGCAUCUUUGACAAAUUCUAUUUGCAACGUCUUUAGUGAUGGUGGUGGAUGCCCUAUGCUAAAAUCAUUGGUUCUGGAUAAUUGUGAGAUCUUGACAGCAUUGCAGUUCUCCAGUACAUCUUUAGUCAGUCUAUCACUGGUUGGUUGUCGUGCAAUUACUACUCUGGAUCUUGUAUGUCCAUGUCUUGAGAAAAUAUGUUUAGAUGGCUGUGACCGACUGGAAAGAGCUUCAUUUUGUCCUGUGGCUCUUCUGUCACUUAAUCUUGGAAUAUGUCCCAAACUGAACACCCUCGGAAUAGAUGCUCCUUAUAUGGUGUCACUUGAGCUGAAAGGAUGUGGCGUCUUAUCUGAAGCAUCCAUAAACUGUCCUCUAUUGACAUCUCUUGAUGCUUCUUUUUGCAGCCAACUUAAGGAUGAUUGCUUAUCUGCAACCGCUGCUUCCUGCCCUCUGAUCGAGUCUUUAAUAUUGAUGUCAUGCCCAUCCAUUGGUUUUGAGGGUCUUUACUCUUUGCGCUGGCUUCCGAAUUUAACGAUACUUGAUUUGUCAUAUACCUUUUUGACAAAUUUGCAGCCUGUUUUUGAGUCUUGUUUGCAGCUCAAGGUGCUAAAAUUACAAGCUUGCAAAUAUCUAUCUGACUCAUCAUUGGAGCCUCUUUACAAGGAAGGUGCUCUACGAGAACUUCAGGAUUUGGAUUUGUCAUAUGGUACCCUGUGCCAAACUGCCGUAGAGGAGCUUCUUGCUUCUUGCACAUACCUUACCCAUUUGAGCUUGAAUGGAUGUACACAUAUGCAUGACCUGAAUUGGGGUUCUACUGCUAGCCGAUUUGAGUUCCGUGGUGUACGUGAUGGAUCUAGCAUGUUCUCUUUUGAGAACAUCGAUGAACAAGUCAAGCAAGGGAACCGCUUACUGCAGAACCUGAACUGUGUAGGCUGUCCCAAUAUUAGGAAAGUGCUCAUCCCGCCAGCAGCUCGUUGUUUCCAUAUGUCAUCCCUAAAUCUUUCUUUGUCAGCCAAUUUAAAGGAAGCUGAUCUUGUUUGUUUCAGUUUGACUUUUCUUAAUCUAAGCAAUUGUUGUUCUUUGGAAGUUUUGAAGCUCAGUUGUCCUAGACUGACUAGUCUCUUUCUUCAGUCUUGCAACAUUGAGGAAGAAGCUGUUGAAGUUGCUAUAUCACGGUGUGGCAUGCUGGAGACUUUGGAUGUUCGUUUUUGUCCGAAGAUUUACUCGACGAGUACGGGAACAUUUCGUGCUGUUUGCCCCAGCUUGAGGCGUAUUUAUAAUAGUUUGUCACCUGCAUGAUGUGAAUGCGGUCCGAGAAUUUCGAUUUCACUUUGGAAGCGGAUAUCACAGCAGCAACAGCUUGAUAUUUUCUGAUGAUUGCCUCUGUGUGUAAAUAAAUAAUCAUUCACCAUUGCUCCAUGUCUCCUUUUCGGAUAUAUUUACGUGUGCAUGUACGUGUAUGGACUUAUUGAUUUUUUUCCUAUUGACAGAAGGAACUGCAACGGGGGAGGUGGGAGCCGCCCCCAUUUAAACCCUAAAAUUACAUUAGGGUAGUAUACUGUAACAGUGGUCUCUAUGCCUCUAUAUUUGAUUGUGUUAAUUUAAACUCAAAUUUGUAGGCUGUCAUACAUUUAUGUAAUUCUUUUUUCUUCUUGGGUGAACUACGCAUUUAGUA